AUGCGCCUCUCCGCGGCGCUCCUCCUGUCGUUCCUGAGUGUCGGCGUGGUCGGCUGGCCCUACAACGAGUCGCUCGCCGACUACAACCUCAACGAGAACCAAACCGCCACCGAUCCCGCCGACUACUGGGGGGAAUGGGCCAACCACACCUACCACCCGUCGCCCCAGAACUGGCGCUUCCCCGUCUACACCAUCUUCCUGGACCGCAUCGCCAACGGCGAUCCCACCAACGAUGACAUCAACGGCACCGCCUACGAGCACGUCGUCGACUCCAACCAGAUGCGCCACGGCGGGGAUCUGGCCGGGCUGGUCGACACGCUCGACUACAUCCGCGGCAUGGGCUUCAAGGGCAUCUACUUCGCCGGCACGGGGCUGAUGAACCUGCCGUGGGAGUACGACGGCUACUCCCCCGUCGACACCACGCUGAUGGACAUGCACCACGGCACCAUCGCGGACUGGCGCCGCACCGUGACGGAGAUCCACGACCGGGGCAUGUAUGUGCUGAUGGAUAACACCCUGGCGACUCUGAGUAACCUGAUCGGCUUCAAGGGCCACCUCAACGACACGGCCAACUUCCGGGUCGACGAGUACGACGUCGAGUGGAUCACCGACCGCCAGUACGUCGACUUCCACUUCGGCAACGACUACAACGAGACGUGCGACUACCCCCGGUUCUGGGGCGAGGAUGGCUACCCCUACGACACGGGCACGGUGGCCGAGCUGACGGGCUGCCGCAACAGCGACUUCGACCAGUACGGCGAGGUCGAGGCGUUUGGCAACUUCCCCGACUGGGAGCGCCAGCUGACCAAGUUCGCCUCGGUGCAGGAUCGCCUGCGCGAGUGGCAGGCGCCCAUCCGGAACGUGCUGACGCGGCACUCGUGCAUGCUCAUCGCCAGCCUGGACAUCGACGGCUUCCGGUUCGACAAGGCGGUGCAGUCCACGCUCGACGCCCUGGGCGAGAUCAACCACGUCUACCGGGAGUGCGCGCAGCGGUACGGCAAGGACAACUUCUUCCUGCCGGGCGAGAUCACGUCGGGCAACACGUUUGGCAGCCUGUAUCUGGGACGGGGCCGCCAGCCCGACAUGGUGCCGGACUCGCCCACGGCCGGGGCGGAACUGACCAACGCGUCGGCGGCGCAGUACUUCAUGCGCGAGGACGGCUACCAAGCCCUAGACGCCGCGGCCUUCCACUACACCAUCUACCGCUCGAUGCUGCGCUUCCUGGGCAUGGACGGCAACCUGGUGGCCGGCUACGACCUGCCCACCGACUUCAUCGAGGCCUGGAACGACAUGCUGAUCACCAACGACUUCAUCAACGCCUUCACCGGCGAGCUGGACCCGCGCCACAUGUACGGCGUCUCGAACCAGGACAACUUCCGCUGGCCCGCCAUCCGCAACGGCUCCGACAAGUACCUGCUGGGCCUGUUCAUCGUCACCCUGGAGCUGCCCGGCAUCCCGCUGAUCCUGUGGGGCGAGGAGCAGGCCAUGUACGUGUUCGACGCCACCGCGUCCAACUACCUGUUCGGCCGCCAGCCCAUGACCUACCAGACGGCCUGGUGGACCCACGGCUGCUUCAGUCUCAACACCUCCAAGUUCUACGAUUUCCCGGACGAGAAGGGCCUGUACGGCUGCGAGGACAUGAGCCUGACCCGCGACCAGCGCAACCCGGCCCACCCCCUGCGCAACCUGAUGAAGCGCAUGUUCGAGAUCCGCGAGAACUACCCCGUGGCCGCCGACGGGCUGAACCUGCAGACCAUCGCGCAGCUGACGACGGACAUCUACCUGCCCGGCUCGUCCACCACCCCGACCGUCACCGGCCUGUGGUCCGUCCUGCGCAGCUACUACCCGGGCGUGCAGACGCAGGCCAACUCGACCAACGAGACCAUGUGGCUGGUGUAUCAGAAUGGCAACAAGACCGAGACCUUCGGCAGCAGCUGCACCAACUACUCGGCCGCCCUGCUGGCCCCGUGGGCGUCCGGCACCAAGCUGACGAACCUGUUCUACCCGUACGACGAGCUGACCCUGGCGGACGGGCCGUCCAACACCACGUACGGCUGCGUGGCCAACCUGACGCUGCUGCCCUGGGAGUAUCGGGCCUACGUCAAGUCGGCCGACUUCGUGCAGCCGGGCCCCACGGUGACCGACUUCACCCCGGGCCACGACGCGCGGCUGCUGUCGUCGACGGACGCGGGCGAGACGGUCGACAUCCAGCUGGGGUACUCGCAGGUCAUGUCGUGCGACGAUAUCACGGACGCCCUCACGCUGAACUCGACGACGCUGGCGGGCAUCACGGCGACGCUGGACACCUCGAGCGUCAACUGCACCAACAUCACGGCGCGCACCACCGACAACAACUUCAUCGGCGAGGUCCCCACCGUGUGGACCUGGUCGGCCCAGCUGACGAACGUCUACCACGGCGUGCACCAGGUGACGGUCAAGAACGUCACCUCCGCGGCCGGGGCCUCCACCGACGCCGUCGACCGGUUCCUGUUCCGCGUGGGCUCGGCCAGCAACCCCCUGAUCUCCCCCCUGGCCAACUACUCCACCACCCUGGUGCACAAGUCGGACAGCUCGGACAGUUACUACAUCCAGCACGACGCCGCGGGCGCCGACCAGUUCCGCUACUCGACCAACUUCGGGGGCAGCUGGUCCAACUGGACCACCUUCACGGGGGCCAACACCAGCGUGGUCUUCCCCAAGUGGAGCGGCACCGAGGACCAGAAGUGGAAGGGCACGCACAUCCGCGUGCAGUACUUCUCGCGCCUCACGGGCAGCAGCGACUACAUCCAGGAGGGCGAUUACGGCUGGAAGGACGGGGUGACACGCCGAUUCCCGCACCUGUGGUGGAACGGGCCCUACAACCAGUACGGCUACGACGCGGGCCUCAACAGCAAGUUCCGCUUCGACACCGACGAGCUGCGCUGGAAGUUCGACUUCGUCUACGAGUGGCCGGCCGUGGGCCAGCUGAGCGUCUGGGGCAUCGACCCGGACGGCGUGCCCGACACCGAGUACGUCUACGGCGACGUCGACAACUCGUCGGUCGUGCAGCGGCUGCCCCCCUCGUACCUCUCGUCCAACGUCAUCAACAUCACCACCCUGCCCCCCUUCCCCCACCUGGGCUGGACCAUCUCGCUCAACGACGCCACCUACCGCUACGACCUGCUCCCCGUGGGCUCGGGCUGGGCGCAGCUGGCCCUGUACGUGCUGCUGUGGGUGGUGCCCAUCCUGAUGGGGCUGGCGGGCAUCGUCAUCUUCAUCCGCACCUUCUACCGCGUCCAGCUCAACACCGACGGCAACGUCGUCAAGGAGGACACGCUGCCGCUGGUCAUCUGGCGCCGCAUGCGCGGCCAGGGCCCCGGCAGCGCCGCCGCCGACGACGACGUGUCGGAGACCACGCUGGCGGCCGAGGCGGUGCCCCCGGGCAUGGCCAUCGCGGGGGCGGCGGAGCAGCGGCGCACGGUGCUGAUCGCCACGAUGGAGUACGACAUCGAGGACUGGCAGACCAAGGUCAAGAUCGGCGGCCUGGGCGUGAUGGCGCAGCUGAUGUCGCAGCACCUGAAGCACCAGAACCUGGUCUGGGUGGUGCCCUGCGUGGGCGACAUCGACUACCCCACCGACACCCCGACGGAGGCCUUUGUGGUCACCAUCCUGAACAACCCUUACUUUGUCAACGUGCAGUACCACCAGUGCAUCGCCGAGACCAUCAAGCGCUUCCCCUCGAUCGACAUGUAUCACAUCAACGACUUUCACGGCUGCCUGGCGCCGCUGUACCUGCUGCCCACGCGUACUAUUCCUGUCUGCCUCUCGCUGCACAACGCCGAGUUCCAGGGUCUCUGGCCGCUGCGGACCCAGCAGGAGAAGAAGGAGGUGUGCUCGGUCUUCAACCUGCCCGUCGAGGUGGCCUCCAAGUACUGCCAGUUCGGCAACGUGCUGAACCUGCUCCACACGGGCGCCAGCUACCUGCGCUUCCACCAGCGGGGGUUCGGGGCCGUGGGCGUCUCCAACAAGUAUGGUAAGCGCUCGUGGGCCCGGUACCCCAUCUUCUGGAGUCUGGACAAGAUCGGCAGUCUGCCCAACCCGGAUCCCACCGACACGGCCGCCCUGGACGACAACACCGCGCCGCCCCUGCGCACGUACGAGGAGCGCAUCACCGACAAGCUGGAGGCCCAGCGCUGGGCGGGCCUGACGGAGAACCGCGACGCCGACCUGCUGGUGUUCGUGGGCCGCUGGUCCAAGCAGAAGGGGGUCGAUCUGAUCGCCGACGUGUUGCCCGCCGUUCUGGCCGCGCGCCCCCAGGUGCAGGUGAUCUGCGUGGGCCCCAUCAUCGAUCUGUACGGCCGGCUGGCGGCCAUCAAGUUGGAGCGCAUCAUGGCCAUGUACCCCGGACGGGUCUUCUCGAAGCCCGAGUUCACGGCGCUGCCGCCCUGCGUGUUCUCCGGGGCCGACUUUGCCCUGAUCCCGUCGCGAGACGAACCCUUCGGAUUGAUUGCCGUCGAGUUCGGCCGCAAGGGGGCCCUGGGGAUCGGAUCGCGCAUCGGUGGUCUGGGACAGAUGCCCGGAUGGUGGUACACGGUCGAGUCGGAUGCCACGCGCCACCUGCUGCACCAGCUGCGCACCGCCAUCAAGUCGGCCCUGGACUCGGCCCCGGCCACGCGCGAGGAGAUGCGCGCCAACUCGGCCAAGCAGCGAUUCCCCGUGCUGGAAUGGAUCCAGAAGCUCGAGACGCUGCAGCGCACGGCGUUGCGCAUCCACCACACUAAGAACAAGGACACCGUCGCGGGCGAGAUGCCCGAGUCGCAGGAGGCCUACUGGGAGAUGCACAGCGUGCGCUCCUCCACCCUGGGCCUGCCGGGUCUCACCCGCCAGUCCAUGGCGUCCGGCAUGGAGACGCCCCCGGCCCAGGUGAUGCAGCAUGCCCAGUCGCGUCUGCAGGAGCUGCAGGCCGGCCACCGGGCCAGCACCCUGGGCCGUCAACUGUCGCUGGGACGCCGUGCCGGACCGGGGCAGGGCCGCCGGCGCCAGGCCAAGAACCUCCCGCGCCACAGCCAGGGCUCCUCCGACGACGAGCGCGACGGCGAGGAGGACGAGGAACUGGACGAGGACGAGGAGGACGAGGGCACGCAGCAGGUCAACUACAUCUCCCCCGAGGAGGCGAUGCGCGCCGUCAACAACACCCUGGGCACCCAGGACCUGGGCGACUCGCUGGCCACCCAGCGCCACAGCCCUAACAACCUCAGCACCCACUCCCUGGCGGGCCCCCGGGCCUCGUACUUCUCGGUGCCCGGCUCGCCCAACCUGAUGUCGCGGGCCUCGUCGCCGCUGCCCCCCUAUCCCUCGUCCGGGGGGGCUUCGGGGCUGAACACCCCCCCGUUCGCGCACUCCCACAACGUCUCCGUCCUGUCGCUGCCCUCCAUCGUGGGCGACCACAAGCCGCCGGGGGACCAGAAGCAGCCCCUGUUCGAGCUGCAGAAGGUCGACCCGACCUUCACCGACAGCCUGGGCCACUUCACCAAGCGCUUCGAGGAGCGCCUCGCCAACCUCAACAAGAAGAACUCCAUCACCGACUACUGCAUCGAGACCUACCUGACCAAGAGCGAGCGCAAGUUCUACAACAUGUACAGCGACGCGCAGCUGAAGAAGCAGCCCGAGGCGCCCAUGGCCUCGCCCUCCGCGGCCGAGCCCUUCGUCCAGGACACCCAGUACACCCCCAUGGCCGAUCCCGCGGGCACGGGGGCGGCCGUCCCCUCCAAGGACACCGACGAGAUCGACCGCUGGCUGGCCCGCCUGGGCUACCAGCGGCCCAUGGCCCUGCAGCGCUUCAUGCGGCGCCGCCUGGGCCAGUGGCCCGUGUACUCGCUGUUCCUGGGGCUGGGCCAGAUCAUCGCCACCAACUCGGCGCAGAUGACCCUGCUGGGCGGCACGGUGGGCGAGACGGCGACGAAGCUGUACAUCAUCGCGGCCAUCUACUGCCUGUCGUCCAUCGGGUGGUGGUUCAUGUUCUACCGGUACCCGUCGGUGUUUGCGCUGUCGGUGCCCUGGUUCAUCUACAGCCUCGCCUUUAUUGUUAUUGGCGUCUCCCCCUACGGGGCCAGCGACGUGGGCCGCAUGUGGGCGCAGAACGUGGCCUCGGGGGUGUACUCGGCGGCCUCGUCCAGCGGCUCGCUCUUCUUCGCGCUCAACUUUGGCGACCAGGGCGCGGUGCCGGUCAAGGACUGGAUGUUCCGGGCCAGUCUGAUCCAGGGCAUCUCGCAGCUCUACACGGUGGCGCUGUGGUUCUGGAGCUCCAAGGUGACGGCGGUCGAGGUGGCGGGCGUGUCGACGCUGGCCCUCAGCUCGUGGCGCCUCACGGCGGUGGUGAUGCCGCUGGCCCUGAUCUGCUUCGGCGUCGGGGUGCUGCUGGCCCUGGGCCUGCCCAAGUACUACCGCCAGGCGCCCGGCCGCAUCCUGUUCUUCUACAAGUCGCUGUUCCGCCGCCGCAUCGUGCUGUGGUUCUUCUUCAUGGUCAUCGUGCAGAACUUCUUCCUGGCCGCCGCCGUGGGCCGCAACUGGACGUUCCUGUGGUCGUCCGGCCACGCGAAGGCCUGGCAGAUCGCCAUCUGCGUCGUCUUCUUUUUUAUUGUUGUCUGGGUCGCCCUGCUGGUGCUCUUCCGCAUCCUGUCCAAGGAGCACAGCUGGAUCCUGCCCGUCUUCGGCCUGAGUCUGGGGGCGCCGCAGUGGGCGCAGACCUGGUGGGGCACCUCCAACAUCGGCUACUACCUGCCCUGGGCCCCGGGCCUCACGGGGGGCGCCAUCAUCUCGCGCUGCCUGUGGCUGUGGCUGGGGGUGCUGAACGAGGUCCAGCAGGUCGGCCUGGGCAUGAUCCUCCUGCAGACGCUGACCCGUGUGCACGUCUGCUUCGUCCUGCUGGCGGCCCAGGCGAUGGGCUCCAUCGCCACCAUGUGCGCGCGCGGCUUCGCGCCCAACAAGUUAGGGCCCGCCAGCAUCUCGCCCGCGGUGGGCACCUCCGUCGACAAGGUCGCCACCCCCUGGUUCUGGAUUGCCCUGUUCUUCCAGCUCCUUGCCAGCUUUGGCUUCCUCCUCUUCUACCGCCGCGAACAGCUCAACCGGCCCUAAGCCAUGCUCGAUCUCUUUCGCUGCCUGGUUUUCUUUUCUCUUUGCUGUUUUUUUUUCCCCCGUCUGCUUUUUCAUCGGUGGCCUGUUCCCACCGCAUCCUGAGCGAAUGUUUAUCUAUGUAUCGUAUCCCCUUUGACACAUGGCACUGCGGACUGGACUGUACAGGGGUGGAGGAUCUAAUCAGAGACACCGGCUUCGGCGGGGAUGUCUGUCUAUUUCCUUGUUCUGCGAUCUGUUUUCUUUUCUUUUCUUUUUCUUUUUUUUUUUGGUCUCCCUUUCUAUGAG